GUUUACAUCCGCCUCGAACGAUUUUGAGUAGGCAACCAUAGGGCGCGUUCGGAAAUUCACUCCCGUGCAGUUGUGUGUGUUCGGGGAGGCAGCACUUCACUCCCAUUAAUUUCCGAAAGCAUAAAUGCAAGUAAAUUGAAGAGUCUGGGACUCCCGGAUAAAGAUGGCGGCGUGAUCUCCACGUUCUGAACUGCCGAAAGACUAUUCUAGUGGUUGUGCAUUUCUAUGGGUGCCAUUGCUGACCAAUCCGAAUUCCCACAUUUCUGGAAUGCAACAUUAACGACACCUUCUCCGUCUACUUUACGGCAAAUGGAAUAUGGCGGAGCCUGAAAAACCCUUUGACGAGCCGGAGCUCAUAAAGGAAUGGCAGGCGUCCGCCGAUCUAAAGCUGUCCCUGUAUGGCUACCUGAGGAAAUGUGUGCCUCGGAUCUUUUGUCACAAGGAGGAAUACAAGCCUCAGGAGGAAGAGGAGCAAAUACAGAGACUCCUCCUCCAUCCACUAGAGUACUUUCUGUUUGGUGAAGAUCCCGAUGAAGGUGUCAAUAAGCUCAAGCAAGGCACUUCGUCUUCCCAGCUCUGCGGACGCGUCUUCAAAGAAGGAGAAACGGUUUACUCUUGCAGGGAUUGUGCAAUAGAUCCCACAUGUGUGCUGUGCAUGGACUGCUUUCAAGAGAGCGUGCACAAAAGUCAUCGUUAUAAGAUGCAUGCUUCAUCUGGUGGCGGGUUCUGUGACUGUGGGGAUGUGGAAGCCUGGAAGAUUGGCCCGUAUUGCUCCAAACACGACCCGGAGGCAGCCACUGCCAUGGAAACGGAUGAGAGUACAUUGGAGCCAGAAUUGUGUGAGCGGAGUGAGAUGCUCUUCAGGGUGUUGCUGAACUACUUCACAGACUUCCUAGACUGGGCGGAAGACCGUCAGCUUUUAGCCCCACUCAAACCCGAGGAAAAAGACAACACAUACUUCUGUGUACUGUACAACGACGAGCACCAUUCAUACGACCAUGUGAUCUACACCCUGCAGCGGUCUGUCAACUGUGAUCAGGCUGAAGCGCAGAAUCACACGGCACUUAUUGACAAGGAGGGCCGGCGGACAGUAAAGAGAGGAAGUCUUGCGUCAUGUCAGCAUGCUAAAGACCUCAUCAAGUACAACUCGGAGCACAUUUCCCUGCAGCCGCUGCGUGUGGAAGUCCUGCAGUCGACCGUCGUGGCUCACCAAACAUUCGCCCUGCGUCUCGGCUCCUGGUUUCAGAAGAUCAUCAGUCAUUCGGUGGGCUUCAGACAGGCUUUCUGCAGAGUGGCAUUGGAGCCCAGUACAGAGCAGACCGGCCUCUGCUGCAUCAGUAGGCUCAUGUUGCUUGAUUCCAAACUGUACAAAGGAGCACGCAAGAUUGUACAUGAGCUGAUAUUCUGUAGCAUACUAAUGGAGACAGAAUCCAAGAGGCUAUUUGCAAUCGAGUUCACAAAGCUGUAUAAGGAUCUGCAGAAUAACUUCAUUGAAGAUGAUCAUGAAAGGAGUAUUUCUAUUACUGCGAUGUCUGUUCAGAUCUUCACUGUGCCCACACUGGCAAGGUACCUAAUUGAAGAAACAAGCGUCAUCACAAGGAUAGUUAAUACAGUCAUGGCGCUGUUGCUGGAGCAUUUGGAUGUUAACAAUCGCUUCUUCUUCCUGGGAUACAACUCCGACAAGUUCUCCCGCAUCCAGGUCAUUUUCCAUGACCUCAGGUAUAUUCUGAUCAGUAAACCAUCCGUAUGGAAUUCUAAGCUUCGGAAACAGUUCUUAGAGGGCUUCAAUGCCUUUCUAGGUCUUCUCAAAUGCAUGCAGGGUAUGGAAGAGGUUGAGCGUCAAUUUGGUCAACACAUCGCUGUGGAACCCGAGUGGGAAGCCGGCUUUACGCUUCAGAUCCAGCUCCGCCACAUUCUGGCUAUGUUUCAGGACUGGUGCUCCUCAGAUGAUAAGAUUCUGCUGGAAGCCUUUCGAGAUUGCCACAAAGUCUUGCUCCAAUGCAACAAUCAACCCUUCCGCAGGGAAGCAGCUGACCACUACAUGUGCAAACAGAUCAUCCACGUUCGGCCCUAUAAAGUGUCUCAGGAGCCUGUCAGCAUACAUCUACCCCUCUCCAGGCUGCUUGCAGGCUUAUAUGUUCUUAACUGCAAGAACGGGUUAUGUGAUCAACUCUUUGACAAAGAUAGCUAUGACUUUUGCAGCCUGGCUGAGCUUCCUCUGCGUUGUGUAGUGCUGGCUGCACAGGUAUCAGCUGAAAUGUGGCGCAGGAAUGGACUGUCUUUGGUCAGCCAGGUUUACUAUUAUCAAGAUGUGAAAUGCAGAGACGAAAUGUAUGAUAAAGACAUCCUUAUGCUUCAGAUAGCUGCUUCCAAAAUGGACGCCAACCAUUUUCUCAUGCUGCUCUUACUAAGAUUUGAGCUCUUUAAUUUCUUCAAUGGAAGUUGUUCCAGCAGAGAUCAUAAUGAAUUGUUGCAGUGGAAUCAACUGACGGAAGAGAUGCUGUAUCUCAUCAUCAUCAUAGUUGGUGAGCGAUACGUCCCCGGUGUCAGUAACGUGACCAAAGAGGACGUGACAAUGAGGGAGGUCAUCCACCUGCUGUGCAUUGAACCCAUGGCACACAGUAGCCUGGUCAAAGGCCUGCCGGAGAAUGAAAGCCACGAAACAGGUCUCGAGUCUGUAAUCAACAAAGUUUCCACAUUCAAGAAACCAGGACUUUCAGGACAUGGAUUGUAUGAGGUGAAAAGGGAGUAUUUGGUCCAAUUCAACCCAUUCUUCUACCAUUAUUCAAGGUCACAGCACAGCAAGGCCGAAGAGUCACAAAAGAAGAGACGUGUUCACGAGGGCGCCGAUAAAGCUCUGCGUCCUCCAGUUCCGCCCCCCUUCUGUCCGGCCUUCUCCAGCGUCGUACGCCUCCUCUGCUGUGACAUUUUCAUCCACAUCCUCAGACGUGUGCUGCAGAGGGCAGCUGAGGAAAAAUCCACUCACUGGACAGAAAUCAUGAUCCAGCGGGCCCUGCACCUUAUUGGGCAGGCUUUGCUUGAAGAAAAAAGCCAGCUGGAGGACAGCGCUUCAGAGGAAGUGACCUUUGAUUUCAGCCUGAAGGCUCGAAGAGUCGGAUUGGAACACAGCAAGUCUCUCUUUCUCUUGCUUGCAAAAACUAAGGGUGUUCGCUCGCUUGAAGCCCAAAAAGACAUGAUCACGUGGUUACUACAGAUGUUUGAGAUUAUCAAGUGCCUCAGAGACAAAUCCAAUCCAACAACUUCCAUGAGUGUGGAAACGAGCAAGCCUGAAGAGACUGUUCAGGACAAAGAAAAAGCUGAGCGCAAAAGAAAGGCCGAAGCAGCCAAACUUCACCGACAGAAAAUUAUGGCCCAGAUGUCAGCCAUGCAGAAAAAUUUCAUUGAGUCCAACAAGAUGCUUUAUGACAACAUGCCAGAGAGCGGCACACAGGGAGAGCCUUUUACACCGACAGAAAGUCCAAUGGAACACAAGGAGCUGUGCGUCGCCGUGGGGCCUCAUCGAGGGUCCACCCCCGCAGAGAGGGAGGUGCUGACCUGCAUUCUCUGUCAGGAGGAGCAGGAAGUGGCAUCCCGGGCUCCGGCCAUGGUACUGACUGCGUGUGUGCAGAGAUCCACAGUGUUGACGCAGUGUAGAGGAAAGAUGCCCACCAACAGUGGCGACGAAACAGAAACUGUCUACCCAUUGUACAUGCCUCCUGAACUGGCUGUUGGCACCCACACGGGCAGCUGUGGACACGUCAUGCACGCCACAUGUUGGCAGAAAUAUUUUGAAGCGGUCCAGAACACAACCAGGAACCGCCUCCAUGCUGAACUAAUCAUCGACCUUGAGAAUGGGGAGUACUUGUGUCCUCUGUGCAAGUCGCUAUGCAACACCGUUAUCCCCCUCGUCCCCCUGGAGCCACUCGUAUUCAACUAUGAAAAUGCGGAGAUAAUCGGUCAACAUUUGACCCUGACUCGCUGGAUCCAUAUUCUUGAGGCUAGGAUUAAAGGACUCAAGUCCAUCAUGCAGGAAAAUGAUUGCGACAUGGAAUGCACUAAUGACAGCGAUGCCGUGUUGUGUGGCGAUGGUCAACCGGAUUUUAGGGCCAUAUUGAGUUAUGGCGUACAAGAACCGAGGAAGUUCUCAGACAGUAUAGCCGAGAUGCUGGCUGUGUGCGCCACCACGGUCCAUAGAGUCGGACUUCAGACGGCACCUAAUGAGCUGUGCCCACGUGUGCCCCUUAUGGCCUGGAACACCUGUGCCUUCACUAUUCAGGCGAUUGAGAAUAUAUUGCUGGAAGAGGACAAGCCACUCUUUGGAUCUUUACAAAAUAGACAGCUGGCUGGCUUGAAGGCGAUUGUUCAGUUUUCUGCAACACAGAGAAUUAAAAGCUCCCAGACUGUCAUCCAAAACCAUUUUGCUGAUAUUUUUGCAGUUCUGCAUCCGGUCACAAGCAGAAAGAACACACCUUCUAUUCUGGAAGUCGACUUCUUCCAUCUUCUGGUGGGUUUAGUGUUGUCUUUGCCCUCACUGUACCAAGAGGAAGCUGUAGACUUGCAGCCCUCUGCUGUCAGCUCAGCCUACAACCACCUCCACAUCCUGCAUCUGGUCACAAUGGCUCACGUCCUGCAGGUGCUGCUUCUCACAAGAGACCUCCCUGUAGUGGUUGGUGACGAGGAAACAGAGGAGGCGAAAGCAGCGGCCGAACUACACGCUGUUGUGUCACAACACACCGGAAGGCUGCUUCCUGAUGUGUGCGGCAGCUUUGUGGCCGAAAGAGUGAAGGCGGGAAUCAAGUCUUUUCUCCGCUGUACUGCUCUCUUUUUCAGCUGUCUCACUGGGGUUCGUCCUCCGGAGGAGCUUUUUUGUGCUUCUGUUUCUUCUCAAAGUCAAAUGGAGGCAGUCUGCAGCUACUUGGCACUGCCCUCAAAUGUGUUCCAGCUCUUCCAGGAACACAGAGACACGGUGGCGCCACUGCUGCAUAGGUGGUGCACCAGCCCAGCAAUAACCAAAAGUCUGAAAGGCAAAACUCAAACAGUCAGAUACCCGAGGAGGAGAAAUCAACUGAUCGACCUCCCAGACGACUACAGCGCUCUUCUCAAUCAAGCCAGCCAUUUUCAAUGUCCCAAGUCGGCAGAUGACGAGAGGAAGCAUCCUACUUUGUGCCUAUUCUGUGGCGCUAUGCUGUGCUCUCAGAGCUCCUGCUGCCUCAGUCAGCUGGAUGGAGAAGAUGUGGGCGCCUGCACUGCGCAUGCGGCCACCUGUGGCGCAGGAGUGGGCAUGUUCCUCAGGAUAAGAGAGUGUGAAAUUGUACUGAUGGCCAGUAAAACCAGAGGAAGCACAUAUCCAGCUCCCUAUUUGGAUGACUACGGCGAGACUGAUCCUCAUCUCGGGAGGGGCAAUCCACUGCACCUUUGUCCGGAGCGUUACAGGAAAUUGAAGCAGAUGUGGCAGCAGCAUUGCAUACUGGAGGAGAUCGCUCGCAGUCUGGAGCUGGUCAACCAGAUGUUCGCUUUUGAUUGGCAAAUGUUGUGAUGUUGGAGCCAGUUGGUCAGAGCAGAGCAAAGCCAUCCGAGCUGCCUCCCCAACUCCCACCCCCGAUGUGCGUAUACGUCUUGCGCACGCGCAUUAGACGCUUCCUUGGAAGCCCCGGCCUCCUGCUGGAGCUCAGAGAGGGAUUAGAGAGAGAAAGCACCAGACAAAGAAGAAAAGGACAGAAAGAAGAAAAGAAUGAAGGGUGUGUGGUCGGAGAACAGAGCGCAUUAGCCUUGUUUUAAUUUGUCAUCGCUGAGAAUGCAAAUAACCUCCUGUCGGUAGAGACUCUAAGACAGAACAUUAGAUCCACACACCAUCACCAUCAUGUUGUGAUGUCAGUUAAAUAAUGUUUGGAGUAUCUCAAUAGCGUAGCAUCUGACAAGAAAACUACCUGAUUUCCUUAUCUAUUUUUUUUUUUUUUUUCCUUCCAAAUUUUAGCUACGGUUCUCUGGAGAUUCACGAUUAGAAAUCAUUUAUCAGGUCAAACAUACAGUGCAUGCGAGAAGUAUUGACAGCGCUUCACUUUUCCCACUUUGUAUGUUACAACUUAAUCCCAAAUAGAAUUUUUUGUCCUCAAAAUUACACACACGACAUACCAUGACAACGUUUUUUUGCUAAUUUAUUAAAAUUGAAAAUUAAAAAUAUUGAUGUACAUUUGAUUUAGUUUUUAAUUUUUUUAAAUACAUUUGCAAAAAAACAUUUUAAAAACUUUUUACAUUAUGAAGGAGUAUUGUCUGUUGAAUUUCCAUGGGGAAAAAAUAAAUCGGUUAAAUUUUAGAAUGAGUCCGUAACACAAGUAUAAGUGAAGCACUGUGAAUAUUUUUUGAUGCAUUGUUGACACAAUAAUGUCAGAAUGUAAUCUUACCCUGAUUAACAAAGCCACUUUUUAACACUGCUUCAAGCAAACAAAAAUCAUUUCAGUUUAUUGGAACACCCAUUUAUUGUAUGUUACCCUUUGGAAAAAGGGGGUUUAAUGUUUGUGCUGUUUGAUAGCACAACAUAGUAAUAAAAUCACAAGUCUAUCUAAUCAAUGUCUACUAUUUUAACAUAUAUGUACAGUACAUAAGCAAAUGUGAUUUAUUGUAGAGUUACAUGGUUGUUGAUUAAUCAAGUUUGAAUUCUGAGUUGGUCGAGGCAAGUUCUUGCACUAGAAUGAAUUACUUUUGUCCAUAUUGUGUUUACAGCCAUUCUAUACCCUAAAAAGUUCAGUUCCGUUUAAUCGGACGCUGGGUGGAUGUAAACUUGAUACCGAUACAAUGAAAUU